UUUGAUUGGCCUGGACUGGAACCUGGUCCACCCUACCUAGUGGACACCAUGCUGCAGCAGAUACUGAGGGAAAUGUACAUUGACCCGGAACUCCUGGCAGAGUUGAAUGAUGAGCAGAAACACAUCCUUUUCUACAAGAUGAGGGAGGAGCAGCUUCGCCGCUGGCACGAGAGGGAGGCGAGGGCGGCCAGGGAGGAAGCCGAGGCGGGUGUGAUGCGGAAUUUCAGGCGAGCAAACAAUAAGCACAUACAAUGGCUUCACGGGAUAGAUGGUGAAGUUUGGGUCUGGAUUAUGGGAGAAGCCCCAGGCGACAAACCAUAUGAACAGAUUUCGGAGGAGCUGAUAGCAGAAAGGGCAAGACGACAGGCUCAGAAGGAGGCCGAGGAACUCUGGAGACAAAAGGAGGCAGAAAUCACAAAGAAAUUCCGGGAUGCUAUGGCAAAUGAGAAGGCUCGGAUCUUGGCAGAGAAAUGGAAAGUAGAGAUGGAAGACCGCAAAGCAGCCAAAAUUCUAGAAGAGAAGAUUCACGAGGAAUUCAAGAGAAAAGAAGAGGAGGAGAAGAAAAGGGGAGAAAUGCAGAUUCGCCUUCAGGAAGAGCUGAGAGCCAAAGAGUUAUAUUGGACCUUGAAGCAAGCCCAGCAGCAGAGCCAAGCCAGUGAAAAGGAGGAGCGUGAGUGGGAAGAGCAGUUACGUCGUUCUAAAGUAGCAGAUGAAGAACGGAGGAGGAAAGCUCAGAGAGCCCGGGAUGAGUACCGUCGGCACUCACUCCGAGCAAUUCAGAAAGGGACAGUUGCUGGUCUCAGCAACAUGUUCCAAGAAAUUGGCUUGUACAAUGAACAGGAGGCAAAGUCCAAUAACCAUCAUCCUAACCCCACUCCGCCAAAGUCCCUUCUUGUCCCAGUUAGAGCCUGGGAACGGCCCCUCUGUCCAGUCUCUAAAGAUGUCAUCAUUCGCUGGUUUAAGGAAGAGCAAUUGCCCCGCCGGGCUGGCUUUGAGAGGAACACCAAAUCCAUUGCCCCUUGGUUUCAUGCCAAUACCCUGGCCUAUGUCCCCACAGGUAUUUGGAGAGAUGACUUCUGA